AAUGUUGGAGUACCUAAGUACGAGCAGUUAAUUUGCAGUGUUUCAAGAUCGAGCGUCGUUUUCGUGACAUAGGUUGAUAGGAUAAUAUAAAACGUUGUUUAAUCCGGUUUUGAUUGUAUAAAUAAGAGAUCUAUUUAUAAGAAAAUAUUCAACGUAUAUAACUCUGUAAUUUUAUAAUUGUUCAAGUGUAAAUCUAGAACUUAACCUACAUAUCUUUUAGAAAAUAUUAAAUAUGUAUUUAUCUUUAAUCACGAAUUUUGAACAUUAUUAAUUUUAUCUAUACACUAAGAAUAUUUUAACUAAAUGAAAAAGUCGCUAACAUUUCGUAACAACUUGUUGCUAAUUAACAAAUUUGAAAAAGGAAAUUUUUCGUGUUUAAAAUUUCGAGUGCCAAAUAUUCCUAGAAAAAUAUUAAUGUUUUAAGUCACUUAAUCUAAUGUUUAAAAUUCUUAAUUUAAAGUACCCUUCAAAAUCAAAGCCUUCAAAAAAUUGUAUUAAAGAAAUUUUAUUUUAACAUUUACGUUAUGAUAAGGAGUGGAUAACUAAUUAUAAAUGUUGAAUGUUUAUAAAAACUUUAGAAACACUGAAAAUAUAUAGUUCUUGUGCUAUUACUCUGUCAAAGUUUAGUAUACAUAACAGUGAUCAUUAUGAGUUCAGGAUUUAUAUCAGAAGCCGAAAUUGCAGAACAGCGAAGAAUACGACAAGAAGAAUGGGAACGUGUACGAACUGCAGACCAACCAUUAGAAGCUCCAGAAGAACCAUAUGAUACAAGAUCUUUAUAUGAACGAUUACAAGAACAAAAAAACAAAAGAGAUGCAGAAUAUGAGGAAGCACAUAAGUUGAAAAAUAUGAUAAAAGGUUUAGAUGAUGAUGAAGUGGAAUUUUUGGAUUUGGUGGAUAGAACAAAAUUAGAAGAAGAGCGUAAAAAAAAUCUUGAAGAAGAAAAAGAAAUGCGAGAUUUCAAAGCUGCUGUUGCUUCAUUACAAGAAAAAUCCUUAAAUGAAAAAUUAAAACAAGAAUUAAAAAAUCCUCAAAUUGUAAAUAAAAAUAUUUCUUCUGGAAGUCGUACUUCGCAAUUAAAAUUAUUAGCUGGUGUUGUAGUUAAACGCCCUGAAAAACAAAAAGAAGAUCUUGCACGGGGUGUUAAAAGAAAGUCAUCUGAUGAAAGCAAAGACACAUCAAAGAAAGAAGAUUGUGAACUAAAUGAACAAAUAAUAACUGAAUGCGAACCCACAUUCAAAACUGAUACUUUAGAACAUAAAAAUAUAACAAAUGAAACAGGUAUGAAGUGUAUUGGAAUUUUGCCUGGCCUUGGCACUUACGAAGAUUCUAGUGAUAGUGAAUGUAGUUCAGAUACAGAUCAAGAUCCGGAACCAAAUCAUUCCAAAUAUGAUCUGUUAGGUCGAAAAAUAAAAAUUUUGAAAGAUAAAGAAAAAAGCUGAAUGCAAAGUAUUUACAAUCGCCUUUUUAUUCAUAGGUAAUUGGAUUAUAAACUAUGUGACAAUUUCUUUCACUUAAAAUAUUUUCAAAAUGUAUUAUGUACAAUUAUAAUACUUUGAAACAAUCACAUCAUGGCAGUACUCACUAUAUUAAAAAGACCAUUUUUAUUAAAUAUAUUGUCGUGACAAUUUAUACAUAAACUGUAUUAUAUUGUAACAUACAUUAUAUACAUAAAACAACUAGAAAAUAUCAGUACAUAUUAUUUAUGUCGAAAUAUGUUUAAAAAACAAUAUUUAUGUUAUAUUCCCUCCUUUUUUAAGUGAUACGAAAGAAUAAUAAAAUGAUUCUAGUACAGUUAUCUAGAAUAAACAUUUUUUACGUGGAUUACAAGAGAUAAGAAGUGAUUUCUUUACUUUAGGAUUAUAUAAAAAUACAAUUAUUUUUAUACUAAAAUUUUCAAAUUAUUUAAAUAGAACGAUAUCAUAUAUUUAUAAAAUGUAUUAUGUAAUUAGUCAUAAAGACUAUUAUAAUACUUAUAAUGCAUAUAUUUAAAUAUACCAUGUGUUGCAUAAUAAAGUUAUGUGCCUAUGUAUAGUAGA